UUUGUUCAUCAGACCACGCUGGCCGCCGAGCUCAUCAACAAAGAAGCAAACAAACUCGAUUGUUGACACCAAAAAAAUGGCGGGAUUUGUUCGAGGAAAGCAGGCGGGCAUCCAGAAUGACCUGUCGGCAAGCAUCCGCCCCGAGCUGUUUACGCCGGACGAGCAGGCUCGUUACGGAAUUAACUCGCAGAUUGGCUGCAUGGCCUACGACCCAGUGCAAUCACUGCUCGCCAUCGGAACGAACGAAAGCAAGUUUGGCCCUGGCCUAGUCUAUGUCUUUGGCCAACGCCGCGUCCAAAAGGUUCUCUCGACUCCCCGACCGACGUCUUUUACAAGCCUACAUUUCAACGGAAGGAAUUUAAUUACACUUGACAACAAAAGCGAACUUGGAGUAUGGGAUCUCGACACAGGUACCCGUACUGCUGCGCAGGUCAUUGCGGGCACAGUCGCCUGCAUGAUUGUCGACCCUAUGCUGGACUGGGCCUUUGUUGGAUUACAGAACGGUGACAUUAUGGCCUAUGACCUCGACCGCAGCACUUUGGCUAGGUCCUUCCGCCUGCCCAACUUUUGGAGAGAACGAGAUCCUCAAGCUAGAGCGGCGUAUUUGGUGUCUAUUUCCCUGCAUCCUCGCGAUGUUGGCAAACUAUUAAUCGCCUACACGCAUGGCGUAGUUAUUUACUCCUUCAAACAGAAUAAACCCACACUUUUCCUAGAAUACGAGGUGCCGAGGGGUGCUCCUGGUGGUAAUGGUGCUGGUCUCGAGGCUCCACGCCGGCCACGAUUGACUCAUGGGCUCUGGCAUCCCUCAGGCACAUUCAUCUUGACAGCGCAUGAUGAUGGCAGCCUUGUCUUUUGGGAUCCGAACAAGGACGGUCGUGUUGUCAUGGCGAGAACAUUGACUGCGUUUGAUGUUGACCACGUUGGCGCUGCGCAGUCUGUUGCUCCGGUCUUCACCGAGCCGUAUACCAAGAUUGCUUGGUGCUGCAAGGAGAAUUGCGACGAUUCAGGUCUUUUGAUUGCAGGUGGACAACCUCCAGAUGCCCCCAAGAACAUGACGUUUAUCGACUUGGGAGUCACUCCCAUCUACGCGACGUCGUCAUGGCAGGCUCUCGGCAACUAUUUCCGAGGCAAGCGAGACAACUCUCUGCAAAUCCCGAAUGGCGCCAAUGUAGUAGACUUUUGUCUCGUGCCCCGAACAUCGCCUCAUUUUGCCGGUGCCCAAGAUCCCAUUGCCGUCCUCACGCUGCUCUCUUCCGGUGAGCUCAUUACACUGAGCUUUCCCUCGGGAUACCCAAUCAGCCCAACUGGCCAACUACACCCCUCUACCUUCUUUGUGCACCCUUUUAUCAGCAAGGUACAUGUAUCUAGCUUAGAGCGCCCCAGAUGGCUAAGCAUGAUGGAGAAGCGCGAUAUUGGAGAGCCCAUGUUGAAGGGAGGUGCAGAGGCAGCGAAGCCUCGCAAGCGAUUCGAAGAGCGCACGAUUAUCCAGGCUGCACAUGGAGACAGCACGAUUCGUAUCUGGGACUCUGGCCAUGCUGAUGACAUUGAAAACGAAGGAGCAGUGCAGGUUGACAUGGCUAGAGCUCUCGAUCGAUACGACGAUGUUGACAUCACUGCCAUGAGCAUGGGCGCGAAUACCGGCGAGUUUGCUGUUGGCACUAGAACUGGCGAGGCCGUCAUCUUCCGAUGGGGCAAGAACAAGUACUACGGACAGCAGAAUGCGCCGCGUCUGGACCCGAAUCCCAAGGGUCUCACCGAUAUUAGCUCUCGCUCAGAACCCAGCCUGAAGGAGGGCUUGCAGCCGUUUGUCUUGUACGAAAUGAUGAUGGGUCCCAUAACAGCGAUCAAAAUCUCCAAUGUUGGAUUCGUUGCUAUUGGGUCUGAGCUAGGCUUUUUGACACUGAUUGAUCUUCGUGGACCAAAGAUUAUCUACCAAGCUCCCAUGACAGACUUUGCAAAGCAGGAGAAGCGUGGCUCAUUCUUGAAGGGCCACCAACGUACGGCGUCUGCAUUGCCGGAGAAGGAGUGGCCUGUUGUCAUGGAGUUUGCAGUGAUGACUCUUGACGACGACAAGUACUCUAGUAUCUGCUGUUUCGUUGGCACAAAUCUUGGCAAGGUUAUUACUUUUAAGCUUCUGCCUUCCAACAAUGGCGAGUACACUGCUCAGCUCGCUGGUGUUGUGGCCUUUAACGGCAAAAUUAUGGCACUGAAUGCCAUCGAAGCAAACACUGGUCGUCCGGCUGCAGCAACUGGUCAAAUCGUGGCUAGCCUGCGCGAGGGUCGCCAGGUUGAUGGCGCACUUGUUGCAGUGACACAAUCCGAAAUUCGAAUCUUCCGACCGGCCAACUCGAAAGGUGCUUCCAAGGAGUUUGAAAAUGUUAUCUGUGAUGCGGCGGCUGUUGCUGAGCUUGAACUUCAAGGCUUUGCGGUUGUUUGUGUCUUUAGCGACAAGACUGCUCGCGCAUACUCUAUCCCCGCUCUCAAGGAGAUUGGCAAGGCCGACCUUCCCAUGAUCGACAGCAACCGAAGAAAUAAUACAGUCGUCACACAGACCGGUGACGUCUUUGCAUGGACCGGUCCCAGCGAGAUGACUGUUGUCCACGUUUGGGGUACGGGCAAGCCUCUGCAACCUUCCAACGACACCAUGAUCAACCCGCAGAUCGAGUGCCCGAUUCGACCGACGAUUUCCAAUAUGCAGUGGAUCUCAGGCACACAGCAUGUGUCUCCUCUAGACCUUGAUAUCUUGGUUGGAGGACCGGAUAGACCACCAAGCAAACGCAUGUUGGAAGCGGCGGCAGCUGAACAGAGAUUGGCUCGCAAUGCUGGUGCUGGUGUCGGUGGUGCAGCUGGAGCUGCGGCCGGUGCACAAGAGGGAUGGGGACAGUAUCUACAACGUCAGCUGGCUGAGCGUACCGAGAAGCUGAACAUUAUGGGCGACAGCAUGGACAACUUGCAGCAGCAGAGCCAGGGCUGGGCAGACGACGUGAACAAGUAUAUUAGCAAACAGAAGCGCGGCAUGGUUUUGGGUGCUGUCAAGGGCAAGUUCCUUUAAAGGAGUUUGAAUUUUUUGAUCCCAUUUAAGGUCCAUAUGGGUUAGCAUACAUUCUUUAGUCUUCCAAUAACAGUUUGUCUUGGUAGC